AUGAGUUGCCUCCAGGCAAACCAACAACCGGGUGUGGCCUCGAAAAGCGACUCGGACGUCAACGGCUUCUCGCCAACUGCACAUCCUUUUGCCCCUCAUGUUCCCCCUCCUUUCAAUCACCACUUCACUUCAGCUGCCAUGCUCUCCACCAGCCCUCACGUCAAUUCUUGCGCCCAAACCUACAACAAAACGUGUCUACCGCAUAUCCCAUCCCAACAACCAUCCAUGCCGUCGCCUGCUCCUUCCACUCUCAACGAGAAUAGAAAUCAAGACAUCAAUACCAAUAUCGGUCCCUACACGACUCCAACAACAAGAAGCUCAAGCCAAAACGUCAUUACCUAUUCCAAAGCCCAACGACGGAGCUCAUACAGGCUCAUUCUCGCAGCCAAAAUCCAACCCAUCAACUCAGGCCACCGCAGGAUCAAACUCUACAGCCAAAAAACUACAAGCUAA